GGGGUAAUCGUCCUUGGGGUAAUUAUUGUACCGCUAAUUGGCCGGGGGUGACAUGCCCAAGGGGUAAUUGACCUAGAACCUUCAAAGGGCAAUAAAUAAACAGCUACUCAAUUUACACUGAAUCUUAUUUUCUGGUUGUAAACUCAACGAAAAAUGAAUGGCCACCUCUAAAUGAUUAUUUUGUAGACCAUGCAAGUGAGCCUGCAAAAUGUUAAGUUUAGUAGCACGGUUAUGAUUGCUCAUCAAAAAGUGAAACAACAUUCCGUCUGGCAGAUUUUGACAACUGCAUGGCUGUAAUACCAGUAAAGAGUUUUAUGCCUGGUGACCAUGUUAUCUCAUUUAUGAUCUUUCUUUUAUUUGCAAAAUGUAGGUCAACAUAUACGGGGGGGGGGGGUGAAUUCCCAAUUUACAAACUGUUUAUAGGUCGAAUGUAGUUUUAUAGUAUUUGUGUAUUCUUCACCUUCUUCAUACUCUCGAGUUGCGAUUUUAUGGAGUAAACCGAGUGUUUUAUCAUGGAAAAAAGACAAUGAAGUGUGCACUUUCAAAAAACCAACCGCAGACCUAAAAACACACAAAUAGACUAAAAAACCACGGGCAGAUAACCUUUUCUCUGUUAGAGCAUAAACAACGCACGGUACAUACACUGAACUAGCGCGUGUGUUUGAGUGGGCGGAAAUAGGGCAGGGGCAUCACAGGGCGACAUGGCCGAGUUCAAGCCUCGAUAACUUUUUUAUAAAUAAUAAUUUUCGCAAGAAAUUUGCUCAGGUAAAACAUCAGGAAUUUAAACUUCCAUAUCUCUUUAAACAAAAGUAAAAUUUCCACCAUAUUUUUUUUCUGAUCGUUUUGAAUAGGAACUUGAUGUUUUUUUAAAAAGGUUGAUUCACACCUAAAUAAGCGCAUAGCUGACUGCUGCACAGUGACGUCAUUCGCGUAUCUCCGUUAAAUGGGCGAUCGACAGUGUACCAUAUUUCGUGCACAUGUUCCUUACAACGUGUAUGCUGCUAUAGGCAAGUUAGUCGCACGCCUUCAUUGCGCACCGUAGAAACUCGGGCGAAGGAAGACGGCCGUUGUGUCUAAUAAGCCACUGGUAACAGGGGGGCGGUAACUGGGCAGGGUACGGUACCGAGUUUCAGAUUUUUCGAAGAGACCGUUCUUACCAUCGAUGACCACAAUUCAUGCGAUCUAAAAUCUCGCUUGAAUGAACACAUCUUCGGGUCAGGUCAGGUAGCUACGUUCUACAAGUGGUAGCGAGGCAUUUAGCAGUCGGUGGACGGGAGCGGCGGCUGCUACGGUAUAUCCAACCGAAAUUCGAUGGGUAUAUCGCGAUAGUUUACGUGUGAUUGCAUGUGUAAUUAGUUAGCUGCUAGUAUACAUCUAACGGUAGUGCUAUAUGUGAUGGUCUUUUGACAAAGCGAAACAUAACAGCGCUAUAAUUAUAAAUAUCACACCAGCAUCAUGGCUCCUGCUCCGUCAUCCCCAGACGAUUCAAAAGGAUAUUGGGGUCCUCCUACAUCUACUCUCGAUUGGUGUGAGGAGAAUUAUGUGUCUUCAUAUUACAUUGCAGAAUAUUGGAAUACAAUUUCCAACCUGUUUAUGAUUGUGCUGCCUAUAAUAUCCAGUGUAUACAUGUGGAGAGAAAAUGUAGAAUCACGAUUUAUCUGGGCUAACCUUAGUUUAUUCGUUGUUGGAAUUGGAUCGUGGUGUUUUCAUAUGACAUUGCUGUAUGGUAUGCAGCUGCUGGAUGAGCUGCCGAUGGUUUGGGGGUCAAUCGUAAUGGUUUAUAUCAGUUACGAGAGCUGUGCCAAACCCGGGAACUUGAACCUGAAGUUACUUCUAGCUCUCAUCGUCUACUGCUCUGUGUUAACCUAUAUCUACCUCACAGUCAUCGACCCACUCAUUCAUCAGGUUGGAUAUGGGUUUUUAGUAUUCUUACUCGUAGGACGUGGAAUAUAUUUGUUACGAUACCAUGGAAGGCAUAAGAAUAAGUUUCUCUAUGCUUACUGCUUAGGAUUGUAUGUAUUUGCUUUCAUUCUCUGGAAUAUCGACAACAACGUAUGCCCAAGCAUCCGAUCCGUUCGCAAGUCCAUGCCUUUCCCUCUAGGUGCAGCAACACAGCUACAUGGGUGGUGGCAUAUUAUGGCGGGAACCAGUACUCACUGUUUUGUAAUUUUAAUGUGCCACUUCCGAUCAAGUUACCUGCGUCGAGAAGCGAAACUGGAGUAUACUGCAGGUCUAAUCCCAUUCAUCCGCCAUCCCAGGAAAGGUCACGAGAUGAAUCACAACAUGUAAAGGUCAAAGGUCAUCAGGUUUCUUCACUCUUAAAAUAUUGGUGCUUAUUGUUUUACUUGUGCUAUAUUUACCAAACCAGGGGUUGUUUCACAAAGACCAUGGUAGACAUUAAGUUGGACU